GUUCCCACCGCGGUCCCGCCUGGACCGGGGCAGCUCCCGGCCGCCGCUUCUUGGCUUUCCUUUUCGAAAAUUUUUUUUUUCCCUUUUCUUCUUCCUGUGAACAAGUUUCCCGUCGAGAGGGAAUUUGAAUUUUCUUUUUUUUUUCUUCUUCCUUUUCUGGUUUACCAUGAGCGCGUCAACCGUCGCCGGGGGCCGUCAGUCAGCUCUGGUGAGGGGGGACUGCGCCUACACCCGCUGCUAUUGUGAAGAAAAUGUUUGGAAGCUUUGUGAGUACAUAAACGACCACGAACAGCUUUCUUUGAAGGAGUUCUUUACUGUUUUUAUAUCAAAUGAUCAAAAGAUGGUGCCAAUCUGGAACCAACAGGCUGGCCAUGGAGAUCAGCCUGUAAUCUGGGAUUACCAUGUUCUCCUUAUCCACGAUUCUGAUGGAAAUCACUGUAAUGUCUACGACCUGGAUACUACUCUACUAUAUCCAUGCCCGUUUGAUACAUACAUCAAGGAAGCUUUUAGGUCUGAAGAUCUGAUUACACCGGCAUUCAGGAGGCACAUGAGAGUGGUGAGAGCAGAUCUGUACUUGAAGACAUUUGCUUCAGAUCGAUCCCAUAUGAGAGAUGCUGAUGGAAAGUGGCGCAUGCCCCCGCCACCAUACCCUUGCAUUGUGACAACAGAGGCAAAGAUGAACCUGGACGACUUCAUCAGUAUGAAUCCAAACGUCGGCUGGGGAGAUGUUUAUACUCUUCCCCAGUUUGCACAACGAUUUGGAAGAACAAAGUCAUAAUAUUUAGAAGAAAAAUAAACAAUUUCCCUUGGGGAACAUUUUCCAGCUUGAAUCCUGCACGAUAAAAGAGAACUGUUGAAGGCUGGCACAAAUAAAAUUGUGACACGCAUUUUUAAGUAUUGCACAAAGGACAAAAAGACAGCAAAACAGAAUGUACUGCAGUGAGAGUGCAGUAGGGGGAGAUGGAGACUAUUUAAAGAAGAUGCUGAAAAUCUACUCAGAGAACCUCACGUAACAAACAAACUGAUCUCUCAUCAGCGCAUAUUCAGUUCAUAACUCCACAGCGCUUCACUAUCUCCUAUUGUCAACGCAGAAAACUUCAAGGGUUAAGCAAACACAUUCUGAUGAAUUGUUCCUGGAAGAGUUUAUACUUGGAACUCGCUAAAACAGGCCUGCAGUCUGAAAAGGGUUAGACAUAUCUGUGUCAAAGCAGUGAUUACUUACCAUCUUAUUUUGAAGGCCAGUUUUAAAAUAAGUGCAACAAAAGUGACUAGGAAGUGGAGAGGAUAUGUUUUUUAUAAGAGG